AUGGCGUCCGGAGGCGAGCACCACGAGGAGGAGGAGGAAUACUACGGCGACGCCGCCACCAUAGGCGCUCUGCGGCCGCUGUACGCGGGGUACGCCUGGGCGGACGUGGCGUCGCUGGGCCCGGAGUCGUCGGGCCACGCCGUGCGCGUGCGCGGCGCGGCGCAGGAGGUGCGCGCCGUGGGGCGGCGCGUGGCGUUCCUCGUGCUGCGGCAGGGCGGGGCCACCGUGCAGUGCGUGGUUGCCGGCGGCGGCGCGGGCGGGGACGGCGGGAUGGCGCGGUUCGCGGCCGGGCUGAGCCGGGAGUCGGUGGUGGACGUCGCCGGCGCCGUGUCGCUGCCGCGGGAGCCCGUCCGCGGCACCACCCAGCAGCUCGUGGAGAUCAAGGUGGAGAAGCUCCACUGCGUCAGCAGGGCCGUCCCCGCCCUCCCCAUCGGCGUCGACGACGCGGCGCGGAGCGAGGAGGACGUCGCCAGAGCCAAAGCUGCAGGGGAGCAGGUGGUUCAUGUUGGGCAGGACAAGCGGCUGGACUAUCGGGUGAUCGACCUGCGCACCGCCGCCAACCAGGCCAUCUUCCGCAUCCAAUGCGAGGUCGAAAACGUGUUCAGGCAGGUGCUGCUGUCGGAAGGGUUCGUGGGCAUCCACACGCCGAAGCUGAUCGGCGGUUCGAGCGAGGGCGGCGCCGCCGUGUUCAAGCUGGACUACAACGGGCAGCCGGCGUGCCUGGCGCAGUCGCCGCAGCUGCACAAGCAGAUGGCCGUGUGCGGCGGCUUCGGCCGCGUCUUCGAGGUGGGCCCCGUGUUCAGGGCCGAGGACUCCAACACCCACCGCCACCUGUGCGAGUUCGUCGGCCUCGACGUCGAGAUGGCGCUCAGGGACCACUACACCGAGGUGUGCGACGUCGUGGACAAGUUGUUCGUGGCCAUGUUCGACCACCUGAACGACAAGUGCGCCAAGGAGCUGGAGGCCAUCCAGAGGCAGUACCCCUUCGAGCCGUUGAAGUACCUGAGGACGACGCUGCGCAUGGACUACGACGAGGGCAUCCGGAUGCUGCAGGAAGCCGGGGUACACGUGGACCCCAUGGGCGACCUCAACACGGAGGCCGAGAAGAAGCUGGGCGACCUCGUUCGGGACAGGUACGGCACGGAGUUCUACAUGCUGUGCCGCUACCCGUCGGCGGUGAGGCCGUUCUACACCAUGCCGUGCCCGGAGGACCCGCGCUACAGCUGCUCCUUCGACGUGUUCGUCCGGGGCGAGGAGAUCAUCUCCGGCGCGCAGAGGGUGCACGUCCCGGAGCUGCUCGCGGCGCAGGCGGCGGCGCGGGGCAUCGACGUCGCCACCAUCGCCACCUACCUCGACGCGUUCCGGUACGGCGCGCCGCCGCACGGCGGGUUCGGCGUCGGGCUGGAGCGCGUCGUCAUGCUCUUCUGCGGCCUCGGUAACAUCAGGAAGACGUCGCUGUUCCCGCGCGACCCCAGGAGGCUGGCGCCCUGA